AAAAAAAAAAAAAAAAAAAAAAAAAAAUUUAAAUAUAUAUUAAAAAAAUGGCCGCCGCAGAGAGCGGAGAGGAGAGACUUGAGGAGAAAAGCGAAGACCAAGAGCAGGCGGGGCAGAAGGAGAAACCCCCAAAACCGAAGAAGUUGAAGAAGGAGAAGGAAGGGGGGCGGGAUGAGGAGGGGCUGCAGCCUGCCCCGCCCCCUCCUCCUCCUCCUUCUCCUCCUCCCCCCCCAACCUCCUCCUCCUCCUCCUCCUCCUCCUCCUCCUCCACAGAGCAGCUGCAACCGCGGUCUUCCACGGAGGCUGGGAGAGCAGAGCCCUGCGAGUCUGCAGCGGGGGCUGCCAGCUCCAUCCCGGCCCCCCCAGAGCCUGCCGUCUCACCCAAACAGAGACGCUCCAUCAUCCGUGACCGUGGGCCCCUGUACGACGACCCCUCCCUGCCCCAGGGCUGGGCUCGCAAGCUGAAACAGCGCAAGUCCGGGAGGUCAGCCGGGAAAUACGACGUCUACCUGAUCAACCCGGAGGGGAAAGCCUUCCGUUCGAAAGUGGAGCUCAUCGCGUACUUCCAGAAAGUGGGGGACACCACCACGGACCCCAACGACUUCGACUUCACUGUCACGGGGCGCGGCAGCCCCUCCCGGCGCGACAAGAAGCCCCCCAAGAAACCCAAAGUGGUGAAAGCCUCGGGGAGGGGCCGGGGGCGGCCCAAGGGCAGCGGGAAGCUGCGGCUGGCCUCUGAGGGGGUGGCGGUGCAGCGUGUGGUGGAGAAGAGCCCUGGCAAGCUGCUGGUCAAAAUGCCUUUCGUUUCCCCGGCUUCCAAACCCCAAACCGGAGGGGCAUCCGUUAAAAAGAGACCCGGCAGGAAAAGGAAGCCGGAUCAGGAGCCGCAGGGGGGCGCCCCGAAGAAGAGGGGGCGCAAGCCAGUGGCGGUGGUGUCAGCAGCGGCGGCAGUUGGGGUGGGGGUGGCUGGGGGGUCAGGGAGUCAGGGGACGAUAUCCGUGGCCGCCAGCCUGGCCGCCGCGCAGGCGGUCGAAGCCAGGAAGAGGGCCCCGCUUGCGGGGAAGGUGCACGACACGGCGCUGCCUAUCAAGAAGCGCAAGACAAGGGAGACCGUGGAGGAGCCGGAGCCACCUCCUCCACUCCCGGCCGUCGCCACCGCUACGGCGGUGCUGGAGACAGGAGCCUCUCCGGGCAAGGUAGUGAAGGCGGCCAAGAGCUCCGGGAGGAAACACAAGGAAGGAGACGGCUGCAGCAGUGGGGGAUGGGGAAGUCCCCCAAAGGGGCACAAGAAGAAGGAGAAGCCCCAGCACAGGCAUCACCACAACCCCCACCACCACCACCACCAUCACCUCCCAACCGCCGCCACGCUCGCAGAGCAGCCGCAGGACUUGAGCGCCCCCAAACUGUGCCGGGAGGAGCAGCAGCCAAGAAAGGAGGCUGCCUCUCGAGGGGACAGCUGCCCCAGCAAGACUCAAACAGUCGCUGCUGUAGAAGCCAAAGGCAAACAGCAGCGGGCGGGGGUGAUCAUGGGAGGGGGGGCGGAGGGAGGGGAUGUGAAGGACAUUGUGCCCACGCCAGCCGUGCCGAGGCCCAACCGGGAGGAGACUGUGGAGUCCCGGACCCCCGUCAGCGAGCGAGUGAGCUGACUGCAAAACAAUCUGAUCAAAUAAGAAUACCGACGACGACGACGACGAUGACGAUAAUAAUGAAUAAUAAA